AUGUCCGAACUGGCGCGGUCAAUCCCCCGCUCCUGGACCUCAACACUGAAACUUCCGAAAUCCACUUUCCCUCCGCGAGUAUCGGCCGGCGAUCGGACGAAAUACCUCAAACGAUGCACCGAUGAUCUCUACGCCUGGCAACGCCGCGAAAGGCCCGCCGACCAACCGUUUGUCCUUCACGAUGGCCCACCAUACGCCAAUGGCGAUCUGCAUGUCGGACAUGCUCUGAACAAAAUCUUGAAAGAUAUCAUCUGUCGCGUACAAUUGGGUCGUGGGAAGAGGGUGCGGUACGUGCCAGGCUGGGACUGCCAUGGACUGCCGAUUGAACUCAAGGCGCUCCAAGGUCUGCGCGAGGCAGACAUGGCGGAUGGGUCGGUCAGCGCGGCAGUCAUUCGCAAAUCUGCGCGGCAAUUGGCUCGACAGACAGUGAAGGAACAGAUGAAGGGAUUCCGGGGCUUUGCGGUCAUGGCUGAUUGGGAGAACCAUUGGAAGACAAUGGACAAACAAUUCGAGAUGCGACAAUUAGGUAUAUUCCGGGAAAUGGUAGACCGAGGCCUCAUUUACCGGAAGUUCAAGCCCGUCUACUGGUCACCUUCAACGGGUACGGCUUUGGCGGAAGCGGAAUUGGAAUACAAGGAUGACCAUAUCUCGACGGCUGCCCUGGUCAAGUUCCCCCUUGUCGAUAUCCCCGCCGAACUGUCUGGAAAUCCUCUUCUCCACGGAAAUGAUGUUAGUGCUGUGAUCUGGACCACUACCCCGUGGACACUACCUGCCAAUGCUGCUAUUGCCGUCAGCGAGUCUUUGGAAUACACUGUCGUUCUGUCGGAAAAGCAUGGCUAUCUUCUCAUCGCUCAAUCCCGGUUCGAAUAUCUUCAGACUAUGCUCAAAGAAGAACUGUCUGUCAUUGUGCCGUCUAUUAUGGGAUCCACGCUGGCAGAGAAAACUACGUAUCGACCCCUGUUCAAAGGACCUGAAGCUCAAGCGCAGCCCAUCUUCGCUGCAUCCUUCGUUACUGCUGAUUCUGGCUCUGGUAUGGUUCACUGCGCGCCUGGGCACGGAAUGGAUGAUUAUGAAGCGUGUCUUGCGCGUGGUAUUCCAGUGUACGCCCCCGUCAAUGACGAGGGCAAGUUCACCGAGAAAGCUAUGCCCCUCGAUCCUACACGACUAACCGGAAAGUCUGUCUUGGACGAAGGUAACACCGCAGUAUUGGAAUGGGUCGAAUCAUGUGGCCAGUUGCUUGCCCAGCACAAGUACGAGCACAAGUACCCUUACGACUGGCGCUCAAAGCUUCCGAUCAUUGUUCGGGCUACCGAGCAGUGGUUUGCCGAUGUGGCCGACAUUCGCAGCAGUGCUCUUCGAGCUCUGGAAGAUGUCCGUUUCGUUCCUGAGACUGGGAAGCACCGACUGGAAAACUUCGUGAAGAAUCGCAGUGAAUGGUGUAUCUCGCGCCAACGUGCGUGGGGUGUUCCCAUUCCUGCCAUCUAUCAUCGGACCACUGGAGAGGCUGUCUUGACCAAAGAUAGUGUCUCGCACAUCAUGGCUACAAUCGAAGAGCGGGGCAUUGACGCCUGGUGGACCGACAGUGCAGAUGAUGCGGCAUGGAUUCCUCCCUCGUUACGGGACGAACCCGGAGCGGGAUACCGUCGCGGAACGGACACUAUGGAUGUCUGGUUCGACAGUGGUACCAGCUGGGCGGAGAUUGAUGUGCCCCUCGAAGGACGUAGUCAUCCAGCCGACGUGUAUCUGGAAGGUACCGAUCAGCACCGUGGUUGGUUCCAGUCUGGGCUUCUCACGUAUAUCUCGCAUCAACUUGGCUCAGGUGAAUCCACAACGCCUCGUGCUCCAUUCAAGAACCUUAUCACUCACGGCUUCACUCUGGAUGAAGACGGGCGGAAGAUGAGCAAGUCCAUUGGCAAUGUAAUCCACCCGCAGACUAUCAUGGAUGGCACAUUGCUGCCUCCUCUCAAACCUCGCAAAGGCAAAGGGAGGAAGCAACCCGAAACCCAGGGACCUGUGUACGACGCUCUUGGCCCCGAUGCGCUCCGCCUGUGGGCGGCAAGCAGUGACUACACGCGCGACGUGGUGAUCGGAAAGCAGGUGCUCCAGACCGUGAACACCAGUCUCCACAAGUUCCGUGUCACCUUCAAGUUGCUGCUAGGUGCCCUUGCCGAUUUCCAUCCAGAGAACGUGGUUCCGUACGAGCAGCUGCAGCUAGUCGAUCGAAUUGCAUUGAAGCAUCUCUCGGACAUGGUGCUCACAUCGCAAAAGGCAUGUGACAAUUUUGAAUUUUACAAGGCUGUGAAUACAAUGAACCGGUGGGCCAAUCUCGAGUUUUCUGCUUUCUAUAUGGAGGCGAUCAAGGAUCGGCUCUACACACUUGGUGAGAACAGCACGAGUCGCCGGGCUGCACAGACAACCUUGUUCUACGUCUACCGCUAUCUCCAAGAAGUGCUGGCUCCCAUCACCCCAGUGCUUGUGGAAGAAACCUGGGAACAUACCCCGGAAUCCAUCCGCUCUAGUUCUGAGCACCCCCUGCAGCGCCUUGGUUCCACCCCUCCACAGGAGUGGCAAGAUUCAUCCCUGGACACGAGCUACCAGGAGCUGACUGUGGUCCACUCUACUAUCAAAACUUUGCAGGAACAGGCCCGCAGUAAAAAGCAGCUUGGCUCCUCUCUGCAAUCCUUCGUCCAUAUUGUCCUGCCUGGCAGCUCCGGUUUGUUCCAACAAUAUCUAUCCGAACUCCCCGAUCUCUUUGUUGUGUCUUCUAUCACCCUGGCCUCCCAUGGUGAUCCUAUACCCUCUGAGAUCAACAGUGCCGAAUGGCAGUACGAGGAAACCUUUGGAAUUGGUAGCCAGCAAGGUAAGGUGUACGUAUAUGCACCACAGGCCUCCAAAUGCCCACGGUGCUGGCGGUACGCCAUUCCAGAGCCAGUGGCAACUGAAGAUGCAAUCUGCGAUCGAUGUGAUACAGUGGUGAAUGCCUAG